GAUGAAAUCCAGCUGAGGAGGAUUUGAAACCCUUCUCACCGUCGUCUCUUGUCAGUUCUCAUUCAAACUUCUCGGUCUCACAAAGCUAAAGUUCACUCAGUCUCUGCUCUUUCACCCUGUCCAGUUAUUCGCUUAUCCAGUUCCCUCCAUAGUCGAUUCCAGCUUUCGGAGCAAAAGAGAAGGGCAAAGUCGGCUUCUUUCGUGCGAAAGGGACAAAAAGAUGAUGGUGACUACAAUGCUGCUCAGGAGCAAAAUGGCUGCUGUAAAGGUGGCAGCUGGAGUUGCUCCACACAAGGGAUUGAAAUUGAUGGAAAGAUAUUUCAGCACACAAGUUCUCAAGUCUCCGUUGUCUUUGAUGUCUCUUGACAUGCCUGACAUUUGGGCUCCUCCCUCUCCCACCGACUACUGCUCUCCAUCUUCGUCCCCUUGUAACUUUAGUGGACAGGAGACUGCUGCUGUUAUUGAUGGGAAGUCAAUUGCAGAGGAAAUUAGGUCAGCAAUAGCUAUUGAAGUAAGCAGGAUGAGGAGAUGCAUAGGAAAAGUUCCUGGCUUGGCUGUUAUUUUGGUGGGACAGAGGCGCGACUCUCAGACAUACGUUCGCAAUAAGAUCAACGCAUGUGAAGAAGUUGGGAUCAAGUCCCUCUUCAGUGAGCUUCCUGAGGAUUGCACAGAAGAUGCUGUUGUGAGAGAGUUGUUGCGUUAUAACAAUGACCCGUCAAUUCAUGGUGUUCUUGUUCAGCUCCCUUUACCAAAACAAUCUAUCUCCUUUCUUGUUUGCUUCUCAUGCAUAGCAAUCUAUCUCCAGCAUUUGGAUGAAGAGAAGAUUUUGAAUAUGGUGAAAUUAGAGAAAGAUGUGGAUGGCUUUCAUCCAGUAAACAUUGGGAAUCUUGCAAUGAGGGGAAGGGAGCCGUUGUUCGUCUCAUGCACUCCCAAGGGUUGCAUCGAAUUGUUGAUAAGGUCAGGAGUGGAGAUCAUGGGGAAGCAUGCUGUGGUCAUUGGAAGAAGUAACAUUGUUGGUUUGCCUACAUCCUUGUUGUUGCAGAGACACCAUGCAACCGUCACCAUCCUCCAUGCAUUUUCAAAGAGUCCCGAGCUGACCACCCGAGAAGCUGACAUUGUGGUCACAGCUGCCGGGGUGCCCAAUUUAGUGCGUGGUGACUGGUUGAAGCCGGGUGCAGUGGUGAUUGAUGUUGGGACAUGUCCAAUAGAGGAUCCGAGCAGUGAAUUUGGUUAUCGGCUCGUAGGAGACGUGUGCUAUGAAGAAGCAGCUAGAGUAGCAUCGGCCAUAACCCCUGUUCCUGGAGGAGUUGGACCUAUGACGAUUGCUAUGCUUUUAGCCAACACUCUGGAUGCGGCCCAGCGAGUAUGUGAUUUCAACUGAAGAGACGUUGUCUAUGUUACUUGGCUAUUGCAUCAUUUUUGCUUUGUGCUAUUAUUAUGGCACUUCCAGUAAUACAAGAAAAGCUGGUUGUAAGUAAGCAGUAAGGUGCUUGAAUUGAGAUGUUAGAUUAACUGUAGGUCUCAGACAUGUAACAUGAGAAUUCCUGUUAAAUAGAUUAGUUGGAGUUUAGAGACUACUUAACGCUUCAUUGUGCCUUGUAGUCCGGAAAGGCGCCAAAUGCGAAUGUUAGUAUUUACUAUUCAGUCUUCAAAAUCAUGAAUAGUAA